AUGUCUUUCCAACAAGAACUCAAUUCAUGGUUCUCUCCACCCUCUACUGAUGUACAAUUACCCCCAGAAAUUAAUUCGAAAGCUCCCUCUUCAUCUAAACUUCCAUUCCCGAAUCCCAAUGGAAAACCUACUAUCAUCACAUUUCUUAGACAUUGCGGCUGCCCAUUCGCAGAAAAAACCUUGCUCACCCUCUGUCACCUCGCCACCUCCCACCCACAAAUCCACUUCAUAGCCCUCUCGCACUCCACACAAACCUCCACCACCACCUGGCUGCAAUCCCUCGGGGGCGUCUCCCUCUCCAAUCUCCAAGUCAUCGUCGAUGCAGAACGAGACAUCUACGCACAAUGGGGAUUAGGCACUAGUUCGGCCUGGCACAUCCUCAAUCCUUGGAGUUUAAUGUCCGUAUUCAAGCUUGGACGCGAAGAGCAAAUAUGGAAUAGACCGACGGAGAGCGGGUAUCGCUGGCAGAUGAGUGGGAGUUGGGCUGUGGAUCGAGAGGGGUUUGUGAAGGGGGUGGGGUGGCCAAGAGUGCGGAUGAUGUUAUGGAUUUUGAGGAGGCGGUUAGGUUGGUAG